AUGGACUCUGUUCCUGACAUUCCCCACAAGACACCCUCUCCCGACCCCGAGUACGAAACUAUAGCCACUCUCCCUGUCGCAACCCCAUCGCAGCGCUUAACACAACCGACCCAACUCGUCGACAAUCCCUACUCGCGGAAUACUGUUAUCCAAGUCGCCGCUUCUUCGCCUACCGGUCCUGCGUCUUCCCCACCUCGAAGACCUCAAGGAGGUUUGCUCUCGUCUCUCAUUGCCCCUUCGGGAACUCAGUUCCGCCCUCCUUCCGCAGGACCUGCCAAAAGAAAGCCGGUGUUCGAUCUUGACGACGGUCCAACGUAUCGAGGCGGCUCGUCUGAAGACGAGCAACCCCUUCGCAGUACAGAUAUCAAACCUGCCAUGUUUGAAAAAGCCGUUCGGAGUCCCGAAAAAGAAAAAGUCAUGGAGUCCCCUGUCCGUCCCGACGCCGGUCCAAUGGAUCGAUUCCGUGAAAUUACUGCCUCCGCAAUGUACGAUCCCAAAUCUGCUCCUAUGAAACGCUCCGCAGACUAUAUGAGCGACUUCAAUCCCAAGGGCGUCGCUAUGAAGAGAAUUCGACAGGAUGCACCCUCCCGCGCACAGCCCGUCCCCCUUGUACCAACCCCCGAUAUCACUUUUAUCCAAGAUUACAGAUUGCGCAUCAAGGUCGAGCGCAUUCUCAAGAUAAUGCCUCUUAUACCCGUGCAAACAAUUAUCAAUGCUGUUGUUCAAGCCAAUGGCCAUUACGACGACGCCCUCAAAAUUCUGGGCGAUAGUGCCCAGGCGAAUGGUGUCCAGACCGUGGAGAUUGAAUCAUCGGAAGACGAAUUGGCCUCGCCAGCAACUACAGGUCCGGUCCCCGUGGCCAAGCAGAAGAUCAAGGCCCGUGGGACUAUCCAGGACAAGUGGGCCGCCAUGAAUCUGCCCGCCACCAAGACUCAGGACUCCGACGAAGAGAAUAAGCCCAAGCGCCGCCUCGUCCGCGGUCCCAAGUCCUCCCGCACUGCCUCUCCGGCUCGCCCCAUGAUAAUUGACUCCGAUGACAGUCCGCCAAAGAAGAAGCUUGGCCGUCUCCAGAAGGGCCGCAAGAUGGCUUCGCCUCGCUCAGAAUCCCCCGAGGCUAUGAUGAGUGAUUCGGAUGAUUCAGAUGUUCAGAUGCAGGAACCCACCGCUGGCGGACUGGAUUCCAAGGUCCUGAAGUUUUUCAACACUUGCGCGGUCCGUGAUCUGGCUGAUAUUGCUGCAAUUCCCGAGGAACAGGCCCAGAUUAUCAUAAAGAACCGUCCCUUCCAGUCCCUAGAUGAUGUUCGUGUUGUUUCUGCUCCUGUUCCCGAGACCAGCAAGCCCAAGGGCAAGCGGGGUGGCAAAGCCCCCAAGCCAAUUGGUGAGAAGAUUGUCGACAAGUGUGUUGACAUGUGGACUGGUUAUAUGGCCAUUGAUGCGCUUGUUGCUGAGGUCGAGGCAAUCGGUGAGCCCAUCACCGCGGAAAUGAAGAAAUGGGGUGUCGAUAUGUUCGGCAAGAAGGACGGUGAGCUUGAGCUCACUAAGAUUCCCAACACCAAGGCACACGAUUCGGGCAUCGCGACCCCUUUGUCCGAUCGCCAAUCACCUGACGAGGACGAGGAUUCGCUCGUCCCGAUGCGCAAGUCCCGGUUUAUCGGUCAGCCUGCCAUCAUGGCAGAUGACCUUGAAAUGAAGGAUUACCAAGUGGUGGGAAUCAAUUGGUUAUCACUUCUCUUUGAGCAGGAACUGAGCUGUAUCCUGGCUGAUGACAUGGGUCUGGGUAAGACUUGCCAGGUCAUUGCCUUCCUGGCUCACCUCUUUGAGAAGGGCAUCAAGGGGCCUCACCUGAUUGUGGUGCCGUCUUCUACUAUUGAGAAUUGGCUCCGCGAGUUCCAGAAGUUCUGCCCAACUCUCUCGGUCAUGCCUUACUAUGCCGGUAUCAACCAGCGUGCUGAGAUCCGAGAGCAAAUUGAGGACAACCGCGACAACAUCAAUGUUGUCAUUACCACUUACACCAUUGCAAAGGCGAAGGUUGAUGCCAAGUUCCUUCGCGAUGUAGAUUUCACUGUUUGUGUUUACGAUGAGGGUCAUAUGUUGAAGAACCACCAAUCUCAACUUUAUGAAAAGCUCAUUCGCAUUCCUGCCCGCUUCCGACUCCUCUUGACCGGUACGCCUCUUCAAAACAACCUGCAAGAACUCGCUUCUCUUCUCGGUUUUAUCCUACCGUCUGUCUUCCGUGAGCACAAGGAAGACCUCCAGGCAGUCUUUGCGAACAAGGCGAAGACCACCGAUGAGUCCCACGCAACCUUGCUCUCGGCGCAGCGUAUCGAGCGUGCCAAGUCUAUGCUCAAACCAUUCGUCCUCCGCCGUAAGAAGCACCAGGUCAUUGAUCUUCCCGCCAAGCAUUCUCAUGUCGGCUGGUGUGAGAUGAAGUCCUCUCAGAUCGAUAUCUACGAGCACGAAAAAGACCAAGUCCGCCAGCUCCUUGAAGACCGCGCAGCCGGCAAGAAGACAGGCUCGAAGUCUGCCAACAUCCUCAUGAAGCUCCGUCAAGCAGCCAUUCACCCUCUCCUCGCUCGCCGUCACUACACCGACGAGAUCCUCCAGAAAAUGUCCAAGGCUUGUCUCAAGGAAGACAAGUGGUCGCUCUCAGACCCGAAAGUCAUCCUCGAAGAACUCCUCCCCUACAACGACUUCGAAUGCCACCACAUGUGCGUGGAGAACCCAGGCUCCCUCGGCAAAUUCAAGCUCAAGAACGACGAAUGGAUGGACUCCGGAAAAGUCGAACAGCUCCGCGAACUCCUAACCCGUUUCAUCGCCAACGGGGACCGAACUCUAAUCUUCUCCCAAUUCACAAUGGUCAUGGACAUCCUCGAGCACGUCCUCGAAACCCUCAAGAUCGAAUUCGUUCGCCUGGACGGCCGCACCAACGUCGAAGACCGCCAGUCUAUCCUCGACGCCUUCCACGAACGCGAGGAAAUCCCCGUCUUCCUCCUCUCCACCAAGGCCGGUGGUGCCGGUAUUAACUUGGCCUGCGCUAACCGCGUCAUCAUCUUCGAUUCUUCCUUCAACCCGCAGGAAGAUGUCCAGGCUGAGAACCGCGCUCAUCGUGUUGGUCAGACUCGCGAGGUCGAGAUUUACCGCCUUGUUACUCGUGGCACUAUCGAAGAGCAGAUUUAUUCUCUCGGUCAGACCAAGCUGGCGCUUGAUCAGGCUGUUGCUGGUGAAGAUGAGGCUGUUGCGAAGAAGGGCGAGGAGGCCGGUAUGAAGGUUGUUGAAGGGAUGAUGAUGGCUGAGCUUCAGUCAAAUGCCAAUGGCUCUAAGGAGAAGGAGAAGGAGGCAGAGGAGUAA